AUGGCAUCCGGGGGCAGUAGUGAAGAGGCGCAACUAGCUCAAUGCCAAGCGUAUGUGCAACGGCAUAACAUCCAGCAAUUGGUCAAAGAAGCGAUUGUUAGCUUGUGUAUAAACAAACCUGAAAAUCCGAUCUUAUUUCUCAAGGAACAUUUCGAAAAGCUCUAUGAUCAACGAUCUCAGGCAUGUUCUUUAAUAUUUGAUAUUAAAGCAUCCUUCAGAUUACUAAUUUUGAAAAUGGGACAGCAUCUGAGCUUGAAAAGGCGUCGCAACAUGAGCACAGGUGCUACUGCUGCUACUGCUGCUUCUGUUACAUCUGCAACCUCUAUUACUACUGACCCUACCGGUGCUGCUAAUGUUAUCGAGAGCGAGAAGCUCAACGACAAAUCUCUUGUGUUGUCAAGUCCACGAGUAGAAGCAACAGAUGAUGACGACACUAUUGAUGAACCUCCGAAAAUACAACAAGGAAAUCGGCGACGCCUUGCAGUUAGCGCAGAGGUACCCGAUGAAAAUGAAGCCGCAAAUUAUGAUAAGGUGGUGAUACCUAAAGAUGAUGAAACUCGAAGGGCAUUGGAAGCAGCAAUGUGCAGAAAUAUCCUUUUUUCACAUCUUGAAGAACAUAGUAUUACGGAAGUUGAACUAAGUUAUCUUCAGGGAGACGAGCAAAAAGCUAUAUUUGAUGCCAUGUUUCCUGUUGAAAAGAAAAAGGGCGAAACUAUCAUUGAGCAGGGAGAAGAAGGCGAUAAUUUCUAUGUGAUUGAUUCUGGUGAAGUAGAUGUAUUUGUAAAUGGUGAAUAUGCAUUAUCUAUUAAAGAAGGUGGUAGUUUUGGUGAACUGGCUCUAAUUUAUGGAACUCCGCGGGCAGCAACGGUGGUUGCCAAGUCUGAUGUGGUGAAAUGUUGGGCGAUUGAUCGGAUUACCUAUCGACAGAUCCUCAUGGGAUCCACAAUGCGAAAGAGGAAGCUCUAUGAUGAAUUUCUGUCGAAAGUUCAAAUACUGUCUGAUCUCGAUAAAUGGGAGCGAGCGAAUGUUGCUGAUGCUUUAGAGAGAUGCGAUUUCGAACCAGGAACGCGUGUUGUUGAACAGGGACAUCCUGGUGAUGAAUUCUUCAUCAUUGUGGAAGGACAGGCAGAUGUGUUGCAAAAGCGAAGAGAGAUAGCGCUGCUUUUAGAUCGACCUCGAGCUGCAACCGUAAUCGCAAAAACACCUUUGAAAUGUGUAAAAUUAGAUCGAGCACGAUUUGAACGUGUAAUGGGACCGGUGCGUGAAAUCCUGAAAAGGGAUGUGUCAAAUUACAAUUCAUAUGUCAAGCUUAUGACAUGA